UCCGAGUUUUCUAGUUGCGACUAGCACGUGAAUGCGGCAUUAUUCUUGCUGACUUCAUAACGGUGUUUCUUCCGGGAUCACUGUCAUCACUCCGCUACGGAGGUGUUCUUACUGGCAGCUAAUUGUUAAUCUGUAUUUAAACUGACCUAAUUUAAUACAAUUCACGACUGGAGUAGUAUUGCACGACUGAAAUAUGAAGGGAAUGAAACCGCACCUCAUUCUGUUGCUGCUCUUCGCGUCUUUGCUUUGUGCAGAGACGGCCAGAAGCCGGAAAGAUUCCACCAACCAGAAUAGUUUCAGAAGGGCGGCCAACGGAUUCUACCAAAUGUUAAGCAAUAUUUUUGGAGAGGACAACAUCAGAGGUCUUUACAAGUUCUUCUCCAAGACGACAGAACGCUUUGUCCAUGGUGUCGAUUCCUUCCUGGACACUAUUUGGAAGAUCUGGACAGAGCUGUUGGAUGUGAUGGGCAUUGAUGCCUCCAACCUGAGCCACUACUUCAGCCCAACGUCUUUGACAAACUCCCCGGCUCGUGCCCUGCUCCUAGUGGCUGCUGUGUUGGUGGCUUACUGGUUCCUCUCCUUGUUUCUGGGGGGAUUCUUCUACCUGCUGCACAUCGUAUUUGGCCGUUUCUUCUGGCUGGCCCGAGUUACACUCUUUGCCCUCUCUUGCCUGUAUAUCUUGCAGAAGUUUGAGGGGGACCCCGAGCGUGCUGUGCUCCCUCUCUGCUUCGUAAUGGCUGUGUACUUCAUGACGGGGCCUGUGGGGGCGUACUGGCGUAGAGGUGGGGGUACUGCCUCUCUGGAGGAGAAGAUCAAUCACCUGGACACCCAGAUCCGCUUGCUCAACAUCCGGCUGAGCAGGGUCAUCGACAGCCUGGAGCGCGCCGGGGAGAAGUAGAGCUGACCCCACACACCCACCGCUGACAACGGCUGUAUCCAUCCGGUGGCUGGGGUUUGGGUGUAUAAGGGCCGGAAAAUCUAAGCAGAUCGAGGCUUUCUGUUACGAGAAAGAGCUCGUUUUUUUUGGUGUUUUUUUAAUUUUAUUUUUUAUCUUGUCUUGUUGAUAUUGUUAUAUUGUGUAACAUCUGCUGAUGGUUGCUCUUUUUGGAAAUUGUGUUCAAUGAAAAAAAUGGGAUGGAUGUUUGUUUUGGGUAUGUGAUGGUGUCAUAGCGGGACCAGACACAACUGUAAGUAUUCCCAUCCCAGUUAGUAGUUAGUAGACCAAUGGCAAUAGUAGUUAGUAGACCAAUGGCAGAUUUAUUUAUUGCAUUUUCCAUCCUGACACUGAGAUGUAUAGUCAAAAAUAAUGUCACCAUUCCAUUGUAGCAGUAGGUCAUUCCUAGCGUAUUUCAGGACCUCUCUUUCUAUAUAAUGGACAUACUGUGUGCGUGUGCAAGCGUGUGUGUUUUAUGCAUGUGAAUCAUUAGAAAAGCACUGGAAAAAAAGUUAAGACUGGCGAAACCUGGGCAGGCACGAAAAUCUCAGGGAGAAAUUUUUAAAAAAGAAUAUCAAGAACAAUUAUGUAAAUAUACCCCACAUCAAUAUCAACUUAACCCUUUACACUCGUGGGAAUUGGCCUAUAUGAAUAGGGCUAAAUUGGUAGCAAUUGAAAGGAAACAGUUUGGAGAUUAGGGGGAAAUUAUUUGACAAGUUGAGGACACAAUAGUUCACAAGACUGAAUCCAAACAUUACUGUUGAUUUUAUGUGCAUUUUACAUUUACUGUACUUUUCACCGCAUUAGUUUAUAACGAAAUCUGAAAAUACUCUGGAUAUGUUCAGUAACAUGAUUUUUAUUUUUUAUUUUUUUGACUAGGGUUGGACUCACAGGUGUUUGGCUUGCUUGGAUCACAUUAAAGUGGUAUUUAUUCUAAUCAGUUAAGAACAAAUUCUUAUUUACAAUGACGGCCUAGGAACAGUGGGGUUAACUGCCUGUUCAGUGGCAGAACGACAGAUUUGUACCUUGUCAGCUCGGCGAUUCGAACUUGCAACCUUUCGGUUACUAGUCCAACGCUCUAACCACUAGGCUACCCUGUCACCCCUGAUGAGAAUAUUCCAGGAUUUUUAAAAAAUAAAAAUAAAUAAAUCUUCAGAUCAUAUUUUUGGUGCACAUAGAAAAGAGUCAUGAGUGUAUUCAGGUGUGUUCUGCAGAGAUCAAUGUUUCUUUCUUCUUCACAAUAGACAAACAGGCUCAUUUUGUUCAAAACAACACAGGGUAUGACGCCAUGUCAUCUUGUAACUAUACAAACAAAGUGAUCAUAAAUGUUGACACUGUAUAUAUUAGUUUUAUGAUAUGGAAAUGUGAAGUGCACAUUUGGACUCACAGGUGUUUGGCUUGCUUGGAUCACAUUAAAGUGGUAUUUAUUCUAAUCAAUGUCUCAUCGUUGAAAAUACACAGAGUCCUCUUCAUUUACAGCAUUUUCCCUCGGACAACAAAAAAGCUAAAGUUGCCAAAUUAGUGGGAGGGAUGGUGACCACUUCUUGUCGCGUGAGGUGCUCAAGUUCAGAACAUCUGUCAGUCAAAACCCAUACAGAGCUGUGAAGCACAGAGCCUGAGCUAUGAUGUCAUUCAUAGCAUGUUACUCCACAGCCAGUGCGUUCCAAUUUAGACAUUUAUCAGUGCCCAAAUCUGUCAUUUUCAACCCGUAUAUAGGUGCGAGUGUAAAGGCCUACUAUGUUACAGUGACACUGAAUUUAAUGCACAACCAUGUUUGAAUCAUGGCCAGCCAUCUGCAGAAGGAUGGAAGGUGUACCUUUAUACUCGGCUUGUCAUCCACAUUGAGAUAUGGGUGUUAUUAAUGGUAGAAAUACCAUAAUAAAGUAUAGCAAAUGGAAGCGUAUUAGUAGUUCCCAUAAAAACAUAAUUAUAUUUGCCGUGUGACAAGUCCUCCCUGUUUCAGUGGAUGGCACAUUAUGCAUGCCUAGACUAUAUCUGUACUUGUUGUGAAUUUGGAUGCACUUUGCUCAUUUCUGCUUUGCAUAAUUGUACAUCGCAAAGUGUAUAGGGCCAUAGUUUUAAACUUUUGUGUGUAAUUUCUUAAAGGGGAAUUUUAUCAUUUAACUUUAGUCUACUUUUGUGCUACAUUUAAUGUGUUUUCAUUAGAAUAUAUAUAUAUAUAUAUAAUCCCAUAGAAGUCCAUUUGUUGGGCGGGUGUUCAGUAAGGGGUUUGGUUUAGUUGGUGCCAGUUCAAAUGUUGUCAUUGGCUACCAUACCAUCUCUCCAGCCCCACCCCUCCAGAAGUGAACUUGUCUACACAAAUGUAGUUUUGAUUAUGUACUGUAUACCGUAUGUGCUAUUCUAUAGCAAAAUGUUACAAUGUUGUAUUUGUUAAAAAUUUAGUAUUUUAACAUUGUAAGUGUUGGAAAUAUUAAGAAUCGAAUGAGUAUUAAAUGUGUAUUGAUUUGUAAAAUAGGUCAUCUUGGAUCAUUUUGUACUGAUUAAUGUACUGUAGAGACCAAACCAUGUAUUUUCCAGCCAACACAUAUCAUGCUGUCAUCCGUAGGUUCAUUACAGCAGAGGGAAGACAUGAGUAUUUACGACACUGUAAGAUGUAGUCUGCUGCUGAGUUGUCAUACAAAUCCUCAAAAAAUAGAAUUCUCAGCAUUUCAUCUUUAUUUCAGUUUUGAGAAUGUUGACUAGGCCUAAUAUUGUGAACUGUUAGGUGGAAUGAUGGUGUAUGACGUCCCUACUCGUUAUAAAGAAUUCUCUCUCUCUCUCUUUCUCUCUAAUGCCUCUUUGGCCUUGACACUGCAACAGAUUUAGUCAGAUCUAAAUCUGCUGCAGUGUCAAGUAAAUGACAGCAGAAUGUCUAGACUUGAAGUUUCAACCUCUCACUGAGUAGAGUAACAGCUAUAAGGGUCAAUAAGACCCAUAUUCAUUCCAACUGAACAUCCGUUCUUUUCUGUCUAUGUAGUCCCCACAUGUGCCAUGCCAAAAUGAAUGUUCUUCGUCUUUCUUUUAGAAGCACUUAAUCUUGUGAAACUUGAGUAUAUUUCCCUGUAGUUCUUUAGCAUUACCUUGUGUGUUCAUAUCCUGUUUUUCUAUCUCUGUUUUCCUUUGUGGUGUGGGGAUGUUCUUCUACCCUACUGCCUGGCUGUUAAACCGUGUCAUGUAUUGUGGAAAUGAAUCUUCCAGAGGAGUCAUUUUGAAGUGAAAUUGAGGUCCCAAGAUUUGAAUAAAUCAACUUUAUCACCA